AAUUAGAUGGCGGGAAAUAGUAACCGUAACUGUUCCGCGGAAGUAUUUGUUUAUUUUGUCCGCCAUCUUUAUUGGCGACUUGGCAUUGUUGGCGCAGCUGGGUGCACACUAAAAUUCACUUUUACCAUUAUUUUUUUCUUCUUGUGCAAUUGUUAGACAUACAAAUAAUUAUUCAGUUUUUCUAUUUGAUUUGGUUUGUUCUUUGUAUACAUAUGACAGAAAUAUCAGAUAUUUUCAAAAUUUCGAGUACCUUUUAAAAUCAUCAUUUCGUUUUGCAUUUGAUCAUCAUACUUUAUUUCCACGAUGCCCAAACGGAAGCUUAGACAAUGUCACAAUGUAUCAGAUGAUGAAAUAGAAUCUCAAAGACCAGUGAAACAAGUUAAAGAACAAAACUCAAGCAUUAUUGGUAAUGAAAAUAUCGUAUCCACAUCUAAAGAAAAACAAAACUCAAGCAUAACUGGUAAUGAAAAUAUCGUAUCCACAUCUAAAGAAAAACAAAACUCAAGCACAACUGGUAAUAAACGCAGGUCCACUACAUCAAAAGAAAAACAAAACUCAAGCACAACUGGUAAUUUUAAUAUGAUGAGUUCGACACGAGUUAAACGAAACUGCAGCAUAGUAAGAAUGGAAAAUAAGCCAUCGACAAUUGAUGACGAUAGUAUGGAUAGUGUCAUUGCCUCUUCACCAGAAAAUAGUCAAGAUUCCAAUACUGAGAAAACUGGAACUCAUUAUGAAAGCUUUGCAAGUUUUAUGAAUGCUAUUUCCAUUGAGAUUGAUGAUGAUGAUGACGAAGAGGAGGAGGAGGAGAAGAAGGUGGGGGAGGAGGAGGAGAAGAAGAUGGGGGAGGAAAAGGAGGAGGAGAAGAUGGGGGAGGAGGAGGAGAAGAUGGAGGAAGAGGAGGAGGAUAAAACGCUUAAUGGUUCUGCUCAAAAGCAAAAAGCAAAUACAGAGGUGGCUUGUCCCAGUUCAUCUUCUAUUACAAACCUUCUGGAGGCAGAUAUAAGGAUCAUGCCUGUUCCAUCUGCACUCAGUGAAGUAGUGGUGCUUGAAUAUCCUAGUUCAGUAACAUUUCAUGGAUAUGUCAGAGUCACAGUAUGUUUUGGAGAAGUCUGCAUAUUUGGUUAUGAACUGAAAGAGAGGAAAAAAAUUAAAGUAUUGAGCACUGAAGGCACUGGCUUGAAGAAAGCAGUUCCUGUAAAAUCCUGGACUAAGGGAUCAUAUGUUUAUUUAACAAGCCAACUUUUAAAAUUAACAUCCAAUGAGUCUGAUAUUGAUGUAGACGAAUUUGUAAGGAGUAUUAAACCAACAAGUGCUGUUCUCAUAGUUAGACGACUUAUACUUCCUCCUUCAUUACGGUUUCUGGAGUUGUAUUAUCCUAAUGCUGUUCAAACCCAGUGGCCUAGAAAUAGAAAAAAGGAAACACUUGAACUAUGCAGUACUCAAGAUUCUUAUGUUAUUGAUAUAAGUGAUGAAUUUGAAAAAAUAUCAGAAGAAAUAAACCAAAUUAUCACUGAGGCUGUUUCAGAUGAAGAAAAACCUGGACCUCUCAUAUUAGUAAGGGGGGAAAAGAAUUUGGGAAAAUCAACUUUAAUUCGUUAUCUGAUGAAUUCGACUUUAAACAAGCAUCCUGUGUUUUAUUUCCUCGACACAGAUCUUGGUCAAACAGAAUAUACUCCUCCAGGUGUUGUUAGCUUAAUUCGAGUGACUAAACCUUUGUUAGGCCCUCCAUUUGCUCAUCAGGAGAAACCACUAAAAAUGAUUUUUGUUGGUUCACUCAGUCCUGCAGCUUCCCCCUCAUUGUAUAAGAAAAGUAUUAUGUGCUUAAUGAAGUAUUUCAAAGAGCACUUUCCUAGAGAGGUUCUAUUUGUGAAUACUAUGGGAUGGUGUCAAGGUUUGGGUGAACUAUGCUUACAAUCUUUAAGAGAUGUUGUGAAACCUACAGUACAGGUUGAGAUUGUAUCACCUGACCAUACUCCUGCAUUGGAAAAAAAAGUUGAAAAUGGAGUUACUUACUUUACAGUCUCGUCAAAAGCUCCUCCCAGCCAAAGUGGUGUAUCUUCUUUCAGUGGAAAAGAAAUGAGGAAUUUUAAUCUCGUGGCUUAUUUAGGUCAAUGCCACAAACCUUACAUGCCUAUAUCUCGGAUAAUUACAUUUGAUCGUGUUUGUGUUAGUUGGGAUAAAAUUGCUUUGUAUGUGAUGUGGAAGAAAGUUCCUCCCAACAGAUUAGUCGAAGCAAUACAUUGCAGUAUUGUAGCUUUGUGCCGUGCAGAUCCAUCAUUUAUUUUGAAAAGUGAGAAUCCUGAACUUCCUAUGACAUUGUCUGAUGAACCUGUUUGUCAGUGCUUAGGUUUUGGUUUAGUGAUAGCCUCAGAUGAGACAAAUCGUUUAUUUUAUGUUGUCACUCCUUUGCCACUUCAUGAGUUAAAGAAUGUGAAUGCUCUUAUCAAAGGAGAUGUCAUGAUUCCUGAGGAGUUGAUUCUUAAACAGGAUAUAAAGAAUGUGGCAUUGCCAUUCACUUAUAGCUCAAAAAAUGCUAAAAUUCUGGGACUUAAGGUUAUUCCUAAAAGAGCCUUUCGAAAUGCAGUGACUCCUGUCAAAAAAUAAGAUUUUUAGAAAUUGAAGCUGUAUUUUACUGAUGUGGAAUCAUUGAAGAUUUUUCAUUCAUCUUUUCUAUUAAAAUAUCCAUUGUGUGCUUAAAUUUGAUUGUCAUCGUUUUUUUUAAAUUAUAUAUAAGAUUGUUUUUCUAGCAUUUGUUUUGUAUGAAUUGUUUCAUUAAAACUCUUAUUCACUUUAA